UGUCCGAGGCGGAGAGGAGUGCGCCGUGAGGGGAUGGUUGGACUCGUGUCGUGCUGAUGGCGUUCCUCCUUAGGAGAGGCCGGAGGGACCCCUUCAAACAUAUAGCUCAUGGCCUGGUCCCUGCUGCUACCAUAGCUCCUAAACCUGCAGUUCCCCGCACCCCUCCCCCUCGUAGUCCAAACCCUUCUCCAGAAAGGCCCAGGUCUGCUCUAGCAGCAGCUAUCCUUGCUACAACWCUAACAGGCCGCACUGUUGCUAUUCCUCAGCCUCGGCAGCAAUCACUUUCUGCAAGUGAUUCGACCUCUUUGGAACAAGAAUGUUUUGAACCAUAUGCAACAGUCACAGAGCUCAGAAUAGGAUCUAAUGGGAAACUUGAUGGUUAUGACAGAUCUCCUCUGCAGUCCUUGGAAAUAUCAGGCAAUUAUGGUGAAGAAGAGGACAUGGAUACGUACCUUUCAGAUGCUAACAAAGAGACCGAGUCCACCUGUCAGAGUGAUGAAAAAAAAGAAGGAAGCUUUAGCACCAAUGCUAUUUAUGCUGUUCCCUGGAAAAAUAAGAAGGAAGAGUUUCCACCAUCUCCUGUUCCUAAUGCUGACAAGAAAGAGGUUCCUUCCCAUGAAACUGAGUGUCAGGUGGUGGUGGAUAAGUCAAGUGUGCAAAYAGAAGAAAACCAGUAUCUGGGCUUGAAUUUAAAGGAGGAAAAAUUAGUAGCUGAAAAUCUGAUACAUGACAAACCUCCACCAUCCCCAGAUGUGUCUGUUCGGGCAACACAAGCAUGGGAAAAURUAACCAAAGAAAAGUUCAGAGAACUGGAACGAGAAAAUUGGUCUCUGAAGAAGGCAUACCAAGCUGUGGUCCAACAAUUUGAGGGAACAAAACAGCACAUAGAAGAACAGCAAUUAAAGCUGAAGAAACUAGAAAAGGAAAAUAAAAGACUUAAAGAAGCUGCAGAGAACUCACAUAGCAAAGAGGAGGUAACAGAAUUAAUUUCUCUCAGACAACAAGCGCAAGAACUGGUAGAUGAGAAUGAUGCUCUGAAAAUGACGGUCCAUCGUUUAAAUGUAGAAUUAAGUCGCUAUCAAACUAAAUUCAGGUCAUUGUCCAAAGAAGAGAAUCUAAAGCUCAAAAGCUUACCCAUGAAAGGACCACCACCACCCUGGUUGUUGGAUGUGAAGUCUUUGUCACCUCUUCUGUUGGCAUAUGAAGACAGAAUAAGAGAAAAGGAAGAUUUUAUUCUUGAACAUGAGGAGGAUAUGAAGAAUUUUAAGGCACGAGUUGAAGAGUUGGUGAAGGAGAAUGAAGAUCUGCAUGAGCAAUUAAAUAAAAAUAACUUGAUUACCCCUACAGAAUGGCAACAGCUGCAAACUCAAGCCAAGCUGGUCUUGGAAGAAAAUGGAUUGUUGAUGGAGCAACUGGAAAUUCUACAAGCUAAAGCAAAAGAUAGUCACAGACAACAUGUUCAAGAAGCUUCGAAGUUGACGAAACAGAUAYUAAUCUUAGAAGGUAAGAAACAGAGUCAAGAGGAAGAAAUAGCAGAGUACCAGAAGCAGAUAGAAGCUUUGYGUUCUACAUGUGAAGAGCUGAAAGCCAAAAUGGAUAGCAGAAUAACAGCAGAGGAGCAUUUGGCUUUGGUGAAUGAUUUAAAAAGCUGUUUACAACAGGAGCAGGAGARAAAGUGCUGUGAGGAGGAAGAGGUAAUGGGAAAGAUAGCAUCACUGCAAGCUGAAAACAAGAAACUGCUCUUAGAGAAAAAUAACUUUAUGRCUGACAAGAAGAUCCUGGAAACUGAGAUGGAAAUGACACAAAAGACAAACAGACGAUUAAAAAAGAAAAUAGGUCUUUUGCAACUGCAGCUGGAGGAAGCAAUGGAAAAAGAAGUUUCAGCCCAUCACUAUCUAACAAACCUUAUUGCACUGGUGGAGAAGAUAGCUAAGGAACGUGAUCAUCUUGUAUUUUUGGCCAGAUAUUUGGAAAAGGAGAAUCACAGUGUCCUCAAGGAAAUUAUAGAAGGCAGUCUACACUUCAGAAGAUUGGAAGAGAAAGUUAAGGUAUAUACAAAGAAAGCAGCUGGGAAGCUUGGAGAUAUCAGUCUCAAGAUGACUGAGCAGGAGAAAAUAUUUGCUGGGAAGACUUCUCAGUAUGAGCAAGAAAAGGAGCACCUGCAGCGUCUGCUGCAAGACAAACAGGAAACCCUCAAUGAAAUGCUGGAGCAAAACAGAAAAACAGAAGGGGAACUUGAAAUCAUGUGGGAAUCCACAGCCAAAGAAAACAGGAGAAUGAGAGAACUCUUACAYAAAUCCCUGAAGGAGAACAACAUGUGGCAUGCUGUCAUAGUUCAUGAACCACACUUAGAUGAAAGCUCUCAGAAGCACCUCGCUUAUGGACAUGACUUUAGCUAUUGUGAUGUGAAAACUUCAUCCCCUACUAAAAAUGAAAUUCAGCAAGAAUCUCAGUGAUAAGAAUCGUCAUCUCAUCAAGAAGGAGAACUUGGUGCCUGAAUUUAACUUUUUCAGCAACACAAGAUGAAAUGGAAUGUUUACACUCUUCAAUAUUGCUGUAUUUUUAAGGUCAUGAAAAUGCCAACAGCAUAUUCUAUGCUUGUACUAUGAAUAGGGUAAAUCUAGCCCAAAAUAUUACUUUGAUAUUUGAAGGGAAGGCUAUUCCUUCUUAAGACAAAAUGUGAUACAGCUUUAAGUUAACAAGUAACUAGUUAACAGGACAAGCAGCUGGUAAGCUUGGGGUUUAGCCCAGACACACAUCUUGCCACAAAACAAGUGAACAGCAAGACAGUGCUUAUUAAGAUUAAAAGGACAAGUUUCAGUAAAUUCUCCCUAAAACACCAGAUCGGUAUGAUCCAAGCAAAAAAACAUUUGGCUUGUACUUUUUCUCAUGAUGUAGCAUCUUGACUUUCUAAGAUGCAAGGCUGUCCUUAUACUAGAUCAUGUGUCAGAAAUCUUACCAUCUCAAGGACAGAUUUGACUCUGAAGCAGGCCAGRCUGAAGCAUCCUCAUGACAGCUGCUGGUGCCUGAAUGCACAACUAUCCAUUGCAUAGAUUUGCAGAAGCCCUGUAGGUGUUGGGAAGCUACCAUGCCAAGGGGUUGAGCUGCCAGCACAGGAUGCAGCUCUCCUCCAGAUUGUUUUGUUCAUCCUGCUUCAGAUUCAGUGGUUUCAAAAGCCACUUUUUUCCAAAGUAUUCUGUGAAGCAGUGAUUAUUGUUUAUGCCUUUAGAUUAUUGAUGUGUAUUUGUCUUAGCUUUCGGAAUUGUUUAUUUUUCACGAUAUUGCACAUCUUUUUAGUAGUAUGUAUUACUAUCAUGUGACUUUAUUUUGGAUUUACAUGUAACUUGCUGGAUCAGCUUUUUGGUUUUGUUUCAUUUUUGUUCUGGUACCAGAAAACUGUAACAAGACAAAACAUUUGUAAAUAUCAUAGUUGUGUAGUAUUAGAAAUUAUGAAGAAUUUCAUUGGCUUUGAUCAAAGUUAACAAAAAGAGCAGAAAACCAAGUUUCAAAACCAA